UCCAAAUUGCAGUUGGAACAUCUCACACGUCGUCGUAGGGAGACUCCAAAAUGUUUAUGAUGAUUUUUAUUCUCCUUUUGGUUAUAUUUUUCUCAUAUCUGCCUUCAUAUUCGUCAAAAAUAUCAAGAAGUAUUGGUGGAUAUUUUAUACACCUGACAGAUGAGGAGUUGAACCUGAGACAGCAGGUGAGAGAUCUGAAGGCAGAGCAAGGUGCCGUCAGUAUGACAGAUGAGUUUGCCAAGUAUAUGAAACUACAGAGGAAGAUAGACAGACUAGUGGACCAAGUGAAAAAGAUGGGGUCUUCAAGAUCUCAGAAGAUUACCAUGUUCUCAAUGGGUGUGAAGAUGGUAAUCAAUGUAUUACAUGGCAUUGUGAUGAUUUCUGUGAUCAUUUUCUACAAGAAUGAUCCACUGUACAUGCUGCCAGAACAAUGGUUUUACCCUGUUAACAGAUUGAUAGCAUUUCCUACUGGAGUACCAGGUGGUAUAGGUGUCACAUGUUGGAUACUUGUGUGCAGUUCAGUUGUGUACAGGCUGAAGAAUUUCAUCAACGUUCAGCCAUCGGCACAAGAACUCAAAGUGGAUUCAUGAUACCUUGUGUUAAAAGCGAAACAAGUUCAGUUAUAAUGUAUCACCCAGAAUAGUGGAAACCAGUGAUCAGAAUGUUAGGAUACUGCUGCUAGGAGAUGAAAUGAUAGUGUUUUAACCUUUACUAUGCUAACUUUUUAAAAUGUACUGGUCCAUCAUUCAGUUUGGGCAGAACCGCUUAUUAAUUGAAGGGGUGGUCACUGAAAAUUAAGUGACUGAAUAGCGAACAGUGCAGAUCAUGACCAGCCUGCACGGAUGUGCAGACUGAUCUUGUUCUGCACUGGUUGCAAAGGUAGAAUCACUUGCCACCAGCAGGUUAAAGGUAAAGAAGUAUCAGUAUUUUAUGUACUGUGCCACUAGAAGUUUUGUAUUUAUGAGAUUUACCGAUUCACUUUAGCACGAUUUUAGCCUGUGAUUAAUUUUUGGAUUCUGGACUGGUCAGGGUAUUAGAAUGAUCUUAACAUGACAUUAAGAAGCGUAGGUUAGAAAUGUUUUCACAAGGGCAUUCAUUUUACGGAGUUUUGUACUGUAAUAUUUUUAAUCUAAACAAAUAGUUUUUCUUUCAUCAAGAUUAUUGUGUUCUCCGGCUGCUAUUGUCAUUUAGCUUUUAUUUAACCGUUACUCAGUGUAAAUAAGUAUUUUUAUUCAGGACCAAGUACUCAUCCUGUCAUACAUAUUUGUUGCAGUUCCAUGGCUCAUCCAGUUGUUAUAUUACCUGCACUUCGGAGAAAAAACUGAUUUUAUGUAAAGGAUUAAGCAAUUGUCUUAGGUUUUUAUCAGUAUAGGUCUCUUAUAUAAUGACCAUCUUUGAAGUAUGUUACAUGGUGAGGAAUCUUGGAACUGAAGUUUAAAAUUUGUGGUAAAAACCCCUACUGUAAAUGUGAAUGAUAGUGGGUAAGGUUUUUUGCUAUAUGCUCAGUUGAACCCUUACCAUGCUAAAUUUCUGUAAUGAACUUGUCCAUCUUACAAUUUGGACAGUACCAUUAACUGUUAAAAAGAGGUGCUUACCAAAAAGAUAUUGGCUGAAUAGCGAACAGUGCAGAUCAUGAUUUGACUGCACGGAUGUGCAGGCUGAUCAUGAUCUACACUGGUUGCAAAGGCAGAAUUAAUUGUGUCCAGCAUGGUAAGGGUUAGAGCUGAUCAGUAGCUGUAUUCUGAUUUAUUUAUAUUUAUUUUUAUGUCUCUCAGACAUAUUGAUUUACUCCUCUGUGUGUGUGUGUCUGUCACAAAUUUUGUCCGCACUCUUAAGUCGAACAUUUCUCAUCCGAUCUUCACCAAACUUGAACCAAAUGUUUUUCAUCAUAACUCCUCGGCCAAGUUUAUUAACUAGCCAAAUCCCCCAAGGCACUUCAGAAUUAUGGCCCUUGAAUUACCCAAAAUCAGCCUUUUUACUCUUCAAAGGUAUAUUUGUAGUGAGUAAACAGUAUAUAAAGACUGAAUUACUAUAUAGAUGAAUAGGCAGUUGUGGGAGACAUGCGCUUCUCAAAAGCAGCUCUAGUUGCUUGUGUUUUUGAUCUCUACUGAGAUGUUUUAUAGGAAAUUCAAUAUUUAUUGUAAAAUGAUAUAGUUUUUUGGACUCAUUUUUAGCUUGACUAUCUGAAGAAUAGGGGAGCUAUCCUACUCGCCCCGGCAUUGGCGUGAGCGUCACACAAAUGUUAAAGUUUGUGUACCACCCUAUAUAUUUUCAAAGUCCAUUGAGGUAUUGCUUUCAUAUUUUGCAUACUUGUUUACCAUCAUGACCCCAGUCUGUAAAAAGGAGGAGGCAACUCUGUCAAGCAUUUUGACUGAAUUAUGGCCCCUUUUCGACUUAGAAUAUGCUUAUUGUAAUGUUAAAGUUUUACUCAUAGCUUAUUAGCUCAUCUGAUUUUUUGAAAAAAAAUGAUGAGUUAUUGUCAUCACUUGAGCGGUUGUCGGCGUCGGCGUCUGCGUCGGCGUUGCCUGGUUAAGUUUUAUGUUUAGGUCAGCUUUUCUCCUAAACUAUCAAAGCUAUUGCUUUGAAACUUGGAAUACUUGUUCACCAUCAUAAGCUGACCCUGUAUAGCAAGAAACAUAACUCCAUCUUGAUUUUUGCAAGAUUUAUGGCCCCUUUUGUACUUAGAAAAUAUCAGAUUUCUUGGUUAAGUUUUAUGUUUAGGUCAACUUUUCUCCUAAACUAUCAAAGCUAUUGCUUUGAAACUUGGAAUACUUGUUCACCAUCAUAAGCAGACCCUGUACAUCAAGAAACAUAACUCCAUCUUGCUUUUUGCAAGAAUUAUUGCCCCUUUUGGACUUAGAAAAUCAGUUUUCUUGGUUAAGUUUUAUGUUUAGGUCAGCUUUUCUCCUAAACUGGCAAAGCUAUUGCUUUAAAACUUGCAACACUUGUUCACCAUCAUAAGUUGACCCUGUACAGCAAGAAACAUAACUCCAUCCUGCUUUUUGCAAGAUUUAUGGCCCCUUUUGGACUUAGAAAAUAUCAGAUUUCUUGGUUAAGUUUUAUGUUUAGGUCAACUUUUUCUCUUAAAGCUAUUGCUUUGAAACUUGCAACACUUGUUCACCAUCAUAAGCUGACCCUGUACAGCAAGCAACAUAACUCCAUUCUGCUUUUUGCAAUAAUUAUUGCCCCUUUUGGACUUAGAAAAUCAUUUUCUUGGUUGAGUAUUAUGUUUAAGUCAACUUUUCUCAUAAACUAUCAAAGCUAUUGCUUUAAAACUUGCAACAGUUUUUCACCAUCAUAAGUGGACACUGAACAUCAAGAAACAUAACUCUAUCCUGUUUUUUGCAAGAAUGAUGGCCCUUUUUAGACUUAGAAAAUCAUGGGUAGGACAAUAUUUCUAUUACACAAAAAAAAUCAGAUGAGCGUCAGCACCCGCAAGGCGGUGCUCUUGUAUUAUACUAUCAAGCACUGAGAAUAGUCAAGCGCGCUGUCAACUGACAGCUCUUGUUAAAUUAAAAAACAAUUCUCUUCCAAAAAUGGCAGCUUCUGUGUACAUGGCACUUUUGUAAUUUCUAUUUCUAAGAAGACAAGAGAAUGAAACCAGUGACAUGAGCAGUUUUAUGUUAUACAUUUUUAUUUAUUUUUGGCUCUAACUGCCUUCGUUUUUACUUGAACACAUUAACAGAUAAACAUAUGUAUAAAUUGAACACAUAUAACAGAGAAUCAGCUUGAUGUACAUGUACAUAUUUUGCCAGAACAUUAUUUAUUUUAGCUUGCCUGAUUUUUAGCUCACCUGAGCAAUGCUCAGGUGAGUUUUUCUGAUUGCUCAAUGUCCGGCGUCUGGCGUCUGUCGUCUGUCAACAUUUAGCUUGUGUAUGCGAUAGAGGCUGUAUUUUUCAAUUAAUCUUCAUGAAUAUUGGUCAGAAUGAUAACCUUGAUGAAAUCUAGGCCGAGUUCGAAAAUGGGUCAUCUCGGGUCAAAAACUAGGUCACUAGUUCAAAUCAAAGAAAAACCUUGUGUAUGCGAUAGAGGCUGUAUUUUUCAAUUAAUCUUCAUGAAUAUUGGUCAGAAUGAUAACCUUGAUGAAAUCUAGGACGAGUUUGAAAAUGGGUCCAUGGUUCGCACAGGUCCUUGAAAGUCCUUGAAUUUGAUCCUAAGUCCUUGAAAAGUCCUUGAUUUUUUUCUUCCAAAAAUUCCCCUUGAAAAAGUCCUUAAAUUUUGCUAAAAACGGGGGAGCAAUCGUAUUGUAGGGGAAAAAUACAAAAAAUAAAUAAUAAAUAAGUCAAAACGAGCGAAAAAACGGUGUAAAAUAAAAAUACAUGCACACGCACGGAGGGAAUGCUAGUUGAACACCGUUUCGGUACGGAAGUUAGAUACGGAAUAGCGAUUUUCACAACGUUAAAAUAUUAUGCGCAAGGUCAUUGUAGCGUGACUUAUCAACAACAACAAUGAGUGGCCCAAAAAAUAAAUGUAGUUUCGCCAAUAAAUGGCUUACACAGGAUGAUUAUUCAUCGUGGUUAAAGGAGUUUAAGUCAGACAAGCAUAAGUGUAUGUGAUAAACUCAUUGAUGUCUGAACUAUGGGAGAAAGUGCGUUGAAAUCACACGCGAAAACAAGAAGUGAAGUACCUUGCGGACAAAUUGAAAACUAGUCUUGAGAGCUUGAAAGACUUAUAAGAAACAUGUAUUAAGUAUGUAUACCGGCAAAUAUAGCUCAUAAAAGGUAAUCCCAUUUAAGAUCUCAUAAAGGUUAAGAUAUGCUGUUGUAGCUUAUGGAAAAUAAAACUGUUCUGUAACUUUCUUCUAUCAUAAUGCCUUAUGAAGAGCCUAAAUGGUUUUGUAAUUUAAGAUUUAAAGCGAUUAAAAUAGUCCUUGAAAAUUGAUAAAAAGUCCUUGAAAAGUCCUUGAAAAAUCCUUGAAUUUUUUUUGCCAACUCCUGUAUGAACCAUGGGGUCAUCUCGGGUCAAAAACUAGGUCACUAGGUCAAAUCAAAGAAAAACCUUGUGUAUGCGAUAGAGGCUGUAGUUUUCAAUUAUUCUUCAUGAAUAUUGGUCAGAAUGAUAACCUUGAUAAAAUCUAGGCCGAGUUCGAAAAUGGGUCAUCUCCAGGGGUCUAGCUAGGUCCAAUUUUUUGGGAGAAGUCACUUCUCCCUCAAGCUGAUUUAGGGAGAAGUGAGGAGACUUUAGGGAGAAGUGGGAAGACUUUUCCUACUGCAAUGAUGUUGAGUGAUUUGAAAGGUGGCUGUAAUGUUCUUGAUAAAAAGUAUUGAUGUGACCAUUCAUUUCUUAGUUAGAUCAUUUCCCAUACAGUGGUUAUUGUUUCGUUAAAAAAUUCUGAAAAAAGUCGUUUUCAAAAUUCAAGCCGAUUCUGUAAAUGUAACCCGCCGAAUUUUGGUUAUAUCUUGUAUGAAGUGUUUAUUAUUAACACCGAGUCAUUCACCGAGGAAUGUCAGUAUCUCACUCGAAUAAAACUGAAAGUAAACUGUGUAAUCUAGAAAUACAUAUUCAAAUAAAUUCAUCGAUGGAAGUCAAUUUAAACAUAGUUUAUACAUUACAUGUCGUUCUUUUAUCAUAGAUAACAAAUAAUUGUGUACCAAAUUCCAAUUAAUCGCAUGGUUAAUCAG